AUGGAUUUGCCUCUCAUGUCCCAGAUUCAGAACCGAGAGCCCAGCUUGGGUCUCUUGCUUUUUGGGGGGCUAGUCAAGUUGGGCCAGAGAGGCAGGGUCUGGAGCGUGGUUAGCAUGGGGGAAAGAGGCAGUCCCCAUCAGAAGGUGUUUGCUGUUACCAGAAACCCCAAGGAAGCUGGGCUUUCAAAACUAAAGGUGUCUGAUACAAACCUGGGAGUCCCUCACAAGAGGAAUGACUCAGAGCAGCGUAGAACAGCCUUUGGCGGCCUUCUCUGCAAAUGGGCUCUAUGGCCUGGCAUCCUCAUCCCUGCCACCUGUGAUCACAGGCCAAGGCCCCUGAGGAGUCACCACCAAGGUUUCCACCAGCCCACAAGCAACAGUGUGGCAACCAUCCCCUCCAGUGUCUCAUUUAUGGCCACCCACAACUAUUAUCAGCACCACCUGGAUUCCACUUCUAGUAACAGAAGUGCAGAGUAUCCUGGGGAUGCCAUCCCCCACCACCCUGGUCUCCCCAAGGCCAACCUGGGUCACUGGUGGGCAGGCUUCUUUUUUGGGAAGUCUACACUCCUAUUUAUGGCUACAGUAUUGGAGUCCCUAAAACACUUGGAAUCUCCCCAGGCCUCCAGUGGCACAGUCACCUGUGAUUUGGCUCUGGAAGCCAUGAAGAAGCAGCCUCAUGGCCAGCCUGGCAAAGCCAACACCGGGCCCCCAUCCUGA